UAUUUAUGCACCCAUAUUUGCACAAUAAAUCACCCUGAAGUACAUUCCUGGUGUGAGACCUAAUGUUCUGACUGGACAUCCUGUCAGCCAUUCAAUGAAUCCGAACCUGAGUUAGACAAGAGUAGAAAGCAGUUUUUUCAUGGUCCUUCGAGCCAGAUGUGUGGAUUGCUACAGAUAUGUCUCACCCAGAAAGAGAAGCCCCUGCUGUGCGACCAAGGAGACGAGUUAAUCCUCCAGCCUAUUUAGAAGACUUUGAGUUCAGUGGACCUGGGUCUCAUCGACAGCAAUCACGGUCACCUACAUGCCAGGGAGUACUGGAGGAUAAACCAGCAAGUACUACAGGUCAUUCCAGAUCCACUUCACCGGUGAGCCAAGCAUCGGAACGUUCAGAAUGGAUAUUGACCGACCAAUGGGACAGCACUUCUGAAAAGCUGAGAGAGGAGAAUGCAGCAUUGAGAAGACAAGUGCAACAGUUGCCAGAGUUUACAGCCAUGCUAGAGGAGAUGAAGAGGGAGAACGCAGCCUUGCAAAGACAAUUCAGCCAGCUUCCUGAGAUCAUUUCAGCAUUCCAAGAGAUGCGUCAACAGAAUGCACAUCUACAGAAAAUCUACAGAGGUCCAGCUCCUACCAUUCCCUACCUCACGUCUUCUGACCCUAGGGAGUUUUCAAGACUGAGAAUUGCUUUAGAGAACAUCCUGCCUGACGAUGCCACAGAACGUUUUAAAUUUCAAAUCCUCACAGACCAUCUAAAACUUGAGGAGGCCCUCCUGGUGGCAGACUCUUACAGCAAUUCCAGAUUUCCCUUCACCAACACCAUGAAAGCUCUGGAUAAGAUGUAUGGUCAACCCCACCAAUUAGCCCUGCAAUGAAUCGCUGAACUGAUGGAUGGAGCUAAUAUACGCAGAGGAGAUGUAAAGGCCUUCAGGGUAUUCAGACUGUAUGUGCGCUCGCUUGUCAGUAUCUUGCAGCAACUGGGCCACAAAGGUACUGUAGAGAGCUGGAAUGUGGGUCACAUGUGUCUCAACGUGUCUGGAAUUCAUCUACAGACACGUUACAAUCUGUAGAUGAAUCCCCUUUUGUUUUUGUUUUUAUGUAAAGUGUGUUUUAUGAAUGUUAUGAUUCUCAGCUCAUUGUUUUGAAGGUUUCAUGUACCAUGAACAUUUGCUCAUUCUUGCUCUUGACUACAAAAAAACUCACAAUGACCAGAUUUGUCAGAAAUGGAACCAGAUUACUUUAUCUGCAUAUAAAAAGCUGAUGAUGCAACUGCAGCAGGGAGGAGCAUAAUAGAACCAGAAGUGAAAAAAAAAAAAAAGAAAUCUCAACAAACCUGAAUUUCAGCUUCACUCCUGGUGAGUUUAUAUUUCCUGCAACAGCGUGUUUUAUGUAAACGUGUUAAAUUAUUGAUUUUAUAAAUCAGGACACCAUUUAUUGAGUUUGUGUUAAUUUUGUCAAUUGUAUUUCUUUUCUCAGAUUGUGAAUAUGACUUUUCUGUAGUCAGAUCACUCAAGAUGGUGAUUAGGCUUGAAACACUUCCUGAGAGUUCAGUGAUGAGCAGCUCCAGUCCAGAUGAUCCACUGAUCCGGAUCCUACUGAUGGGCAGAAAUGCUUCUGGGAAAAGCUCAUCUGGAAACACCAUACUGGGAGAAAGAAAGUUUACAGUCCAAACACAGAAAAAGAAACAUGAAGCUGAAGUGUGUGAGGGUCAAACACAGAUCAAUGGGAAGCAGGUUGCUGUGAUUGACUGUCCAGAUCUGAAUAAAAAGAAGCUGGAGGAACUGAAAGAGCAGCUGGUCUCUCAAUGUUCAGCAGGUCUCAGUUAAGUUCUGCUCACAGUUCCUCUAGUGAAACUUGUGCAAAAUGAAGGAGGGAUCCUGGAUUAUAUUCAGUGUUUACUUGGUCCUGAAGUUCAGAAAUACAUUAUGAUUCUGUUUACACAUGAAGAUGAACUGGAAGAUCUGGAUCAAACUAUUGAGGAACAUCUAAAACACAAAGAUCAUGAGGAUCUGCAGCGACUGGUGGAUGAAUGUGGAGGAAAGUUUCACUGUUUCAAUAACAAAAAGAAAGUGAAGGGUCAAGUUGAAAAACUACUGCAGAAGAUUGAAGGAAUGAUGGAAGAAAACCAUGGGAUUUUUUUAAUGGAACAAAUGCAGAGGAACAACAGUAUGGACAUUCUUAAUCUCAGUUUUUCAGGACAGAGUUUACCAAAAGAUCCAGUCUCUGAAUGAGAUUGGUGUGAUUCAUGAGAGGGAAGAAUCCUUCAGGAAUUACUGGAGCCGGGAAAAGUGACACUGGAGAAAAAAACAAAGAAAAAAAAAAAACCUAAACAAACUAAACACUUGUCGGUCAGAAUAUAUAGUGAGCUUUGGUAAAGAGAUGUCAGUGGUGUGUGUGAUUAAGAAACUUGAUAAUCAGUCACAGAAGGCUACUGACAAGCUGCUUCAACUGAGGCAAUUCUUACUAUCAGUGAUAUAUUAAAAUCAUCUAUAAAAUAUGUUCUUAAACAUUAAUAUUAAUGCUUCUUUAUUAGUACUUUUGCUUAUAGAAGUAUAUGUCAGAUGCUGAAAUGUUAAAUCAGUAAUGCAGUAAUUCACUGCAUGAGCUAUAGUGACACUGAACAACUGUAAUAAAUGCUCUGCACUGAAUCUAUUACUCACAGUCACUGCUGAUGUUUUCUGAAAUGCUGAAUGAAAUCUGUUUGUAAUCUGUCUGUAAAUAUAAUGUACUAUGCAAAUAUGUUAUAUUGGUGUACAGAGUGAGUGACUUUCCUUCAAAGGAUCAAAGAAAAAUCAGAGUACUGAAUGAAUAAAGUUGAUUUAUUGUGAUUACAAAUGCUGUUU